UCAUAUAUAAUACAUUUUCGUCGUCAUCAUCAUGAUCCUCCACUACUUUCAUCUUUCAGAUCCAGAGAGAUGAAGAUGAGUCUUGAUUCCUCAGUUUCCUUCAUCUUCUUCACCUUGGUCGUUCUUCAAUUUCUACCGCUCACCAUUCAGCAAGCUACUGAAUCAUGCAGUUCAGCUCUACCACUCAACGACCUCACCUUCAACUCAAGCCUCCUUCAAUGCGUCGAAGCAUGGACUGCUCAGAACUACAUCCUUCGAUAUGCUAGAACGUUAGAGAACACAUGGAGCUUCAUCUUAUCAGCGCCAGACUCCAGCGUCUUCAUAGGGAUCGGAUUCUCAACCAACGGUCAAAUGAUCGGAUCCAGCGCCGUCGUCGGUUGGUUACCUCCCGGCGGCGGGGGAGGACAGGCGAAACAAUACUUUCUCGGAGGACAGUCUCCGGGAGAAGUAACGCCUGACCAAGGAGACUUAGUGAUCGUCAACGGUUCUUUAAAGAUCGAGUCAGUGUCGUCUCGUCUUUACAUGAGUUUUCAGUUAACGGCGGAGACGCCGCGGCAGAGCAUUCUUUACGCUAAGGGACCUGCCGGAUUCUUCCCGGCUUCGCCGGGGUUUAGGUUGAGAGAGCACCAAUCCAUGACCACCACCACCAUCAAUUAUAAUACAGGUUCGCAAAGUGUGGUUAAGGGUUCACCACACUCUAAGCUAAGGAAGACACAUGGGCUAAUGAACAUGAUUGGCUGGGGAAUACUAAUCAUCAUCGGCGCCAUAGUUGCUCGACACAUGAAGCAAUGGGAGCCAACUUGGUUCUAUUCUCAUAUCGCUAUCCAGAUCAUUGGCUUUCUCCUAGGCUUAACUGGUAUCAUUUGCGGUUUGAUUCUUGAAAACCGAACCAACGCUAGUAAUGUUUCCACGCACAAAGCCCUUGGGAUAACAAUACUCGUCAUGGGUGGUCUCCAGGUACUAGCGUUGCUUGCUCGACCAGACAAAGAAUCGAAAUACAGGAAAUAUUGGAACUGGUAUCAUCACAACAUAGGAAGAGCUUUGAUAAUACUCGCUAUUUGUAACAUCUUUUACGGUAUUCAUUUGGCUAAAGCUGGCUCUUCUUGGAACGCUGGUUACGGUUCUGCGGUUGGUGUCUUAGCUUUGGCUGCUACUGGAUUAGAAGUUAGAAAGCUAAUGAACAAAUGAACUUUUAUUUAAAAAUUUCUUGCCAUGAAAUUGAUCUUCGAUAGGACAGUGUGAUGUA